CAUGUUUUGUUUUCUACACAGAACUAUGAUCAAGGGAUUGAAUUAAUCUGUCAAAAGCAAGAAGAGUUUGUGAAGAGUUCCAUAGAAUCCAAAUGGAAUCUAGCAGAAGCCCAGCAGAAACUUGGUAGUUUAGCACUGCAUAAUUCAGAAUCCAUGGAUCAGGAAUAUGCCAAAGCACAGACUGAAGCUUCAGAACUGAGACAAAGAGAAGAAGAAUGGAAGAGAAAAGAAGCAGCCCUAAUAGAGAGGGAAAGACAGAAUCUAUGGAAUACAGAUUCUUUUAGUAAGGAGGUAUUUAAUAAGAGUUUUAUUAGUAAAUAUACAAGAAAAGAAGAUGAAGAUAUAUCUAAAUCAUUUAUACAGAAGCAUGAACAAAAGAUUAGAUACUUUGGCAUGCUGGGCAGAUGGGAUGACAGUCAAAGAUUUUUGUCUGAUCACCCAUAUCUUGUAUGUGAAGAAACAGCUAAAUAUCUCAUCUUGUGGUGUUUUCAUCUAGAAGCUGAACAGAAAAGAGCUCUGAUGGAACAAAUAGCACACCAAGCACUUGUGAUGCAGUUUAUUAUAGAAAUGGCCAGAAGUUGUAAUGUGGAUCCAAGAGGCUGUUUUCGUCUAUUCUUCCAAAAAGCCAAAGCAGGGGAAGAAGGCUAUCUGGAAGCUUUUAAAACUGAGCUUGAAGCAUUCAAAUCAAGAGUGAGAAUCUGUUCACAGUCUCAAGGCUUUCAAGCUAUGUCAGUAGAAAAUUCCAGUGUCUAUACUGGUAUUGUAGAAGGACUGGAGUCUUUGUCACAGAAUGCAAAUGAUCUACAAGGUUGCAUAAAUAGAAGUGUCUGCAAUUUAAAUUCAAUGCUACAAAAAGAUGAAGAAGUCAAAAUGAUGGACACAGUAUAGCACUGUUAAGACUGAGGCAAAGUACUCAUUUUUUAUUACAAAGAAAAUACUGUGGCUAUUUUCUUGACAUAUUUUCAUAGGUAUUGCACUUUAUUUUUGGUGUUUUGAGCUUGGAGGGUAUUUGGAGUGACAAUAAUCCAGAAAUGCUUGUAAUAAUGUUUGAAAAUGUGCUGCUAGAUUUUUGGUUGUCUAUGAAGAAGGUUCUCAUUGCCAAACGUGGAAGUGGAUGUGCUUUAUGCUACUAAAUUUGCCUUUUAUAAUUUUGGAAAUUAAAGUAUGAAAAGUAAAUUGCACAAAUACAAUGUUUACACAAUAAGUGAUAUAAUUCCAGUAGAAACUGCUAUUGUUAUUAGAUAUGGCUAUGUCUUAUUCUAUGAAUAUUGGAAAUCACAAUUAUACUUCUGCUGUGUUCCUGAUAUAAAUCUUAAAUCUGCUUUUAACAUAAAUAGCAAUAAAUUGGUAUGACAUCAGUACUGCAGAUCUGGAUGGCAUCAAUGAAAACACUGGCUGUCUACUUCUUCUAAGAGGAUUUAAAUGUUACAUUUUGCUUUCAUAAAAAUAUUAUUUGGUGUUUCCCCCCCCCCAACUAACAAUUGCGUACAUAUGAUCUUUGGGUUGUAUGGGCACUGAGAAACUUUCUUUUUUUAUUUUUUAAGACUUUUUUAGUUUGAAUUCACUAAAUUUUUAAACUAUUUUUUUAAAGCUAGAUCUGUAAUGGAGUGAAAAACAUUUGAUAAAGAGAACAAAAGGGGACCAUGAGGCACAGUGGGUGGGAUGAGACUCUACUUUCAACAAAAAGCUUGAUUACAGUCAGGAGCCAAGCACUUAUAAGUCAGGUUUUGGCAGGUAUUUCAUACACUGCUAAACUAAAGUUCUUUUUAUUAAGUGAUUGUUUUAUGAAAUUACCAAGUACUGAGAAACAGGAAUAUCUUUAAAUGCCUUCCAUCUUAGAAUCUUACUUCCAAAUGGUAUUCCCAGAACAAGUCUGGUGUCAGAGCCUAUGCAAUCCAAAAUUUCUGCCAAACUUUUCAAACUUGCUGCUUCUAUAGCAACUCUGUCCAUAAACAUGUACUCUGUAGCUGAGAUAUUUCAAGGGACAGUAUGUACUUCGAAUGUCAAUAUGAAUGUUUUCUUCACGUGUGUAUUGGUUUGGCAUGGCCUGGUUUUUGGCAGCAGGGGAGCCACAAAGAUGGCUCCUGUGGGAAGCUGCGACAAGCUUCCACCAUGUCCAGCAGAGCCAAUCCUUGAUGGCUCUGAAGAUGGACAUGCUGCUGGCCAAAACUGGGCCAACGAGAGAAGCUGGUGAUACCUCUGUGAUGGCAUAUUUAAGAAGAAAUUCAAAAGAAAGUCACAGGUUUUUUCUUCUAGUCAGAGAAGAGGAAGUGAGAAGAUGAUAGGGAAAACAACAUGGCGACACCAAGGUCAGUGGAGAAGGAGGGACAGGAGGUGCUACAGGCACCAGAGCUGAGAUUCCUCUGAAGGCUGUGGUGAUGACCAUGGUGAAGCAGCUGUACUCCUGAAGCCCAUAGGGGUCCACGGGGAAUGCAGUGAUCCGCUUGUAGGUGAGGUGCCCAUGCCAGAGCAGGUGGAUGCCUGGAGGAGGCUGUGAUCCAGUGAAAGACCCAGUGGAGAGAGGGGGCCCCUGCUUUCAGGCUAGAGCAGCCUGUCCUUGGAUGACUGCACCCUAUGGAAGAGUGGCCCAUGCCGCAGCAGUUUUGGGAGGACUGUCUGUCCAUUGGGGGAGUUCACAUUGCAGCAGGUGCGGUUUGGCUGUUGCUUGUGAGAGUGGAACCACACCGCAGAAGUUCAUGGAGAACUGUGUCCUGUGGGAGGGACCCCAUGGUCCCACAGGGGAAGGAUUCCUCUCCUGAAGCAGUGGAAGAAAAUCUGAUGAACUGACCAAAUCCCCUAUACCCUGUCUCCCUGCACUGUUGGUG